GUGUCGGCCAACGACGCGUCCCCUCAGAUAGAAAAGGACAGACAGUCCGGACAGACCACGUCCUACGAGACGGCCUCCUCUCAGGGCAGUCGAUACAGUUCUCCCCCAUCUGUCGGACACCAGACCACUGACCGCAAUGACAACGAAUCCAACGUUUCCCGACCCGACGCUAACCUUAAUUCAAAACUGAUGCCAAACAACACGUCGUUAUUAUCACCAAAACUGGUGACCGAAGAGGAAUUGGCGGAAGUGGUGGACCCGGGAGGGGACGGACGGACUCUUUCGCCGGAAUCCACUCUAUCGACGCACAACAGCACUGAACACAACGUCGACGACGACUUC